AUGGGUGCACUUUUACAAAACUUUACCAACAGCUCUGCUCAUGCGACCGAUAAGUACGGUCCCGAUACCGUAUCAUCUCGCGAGCUCAGUAUGGUAGUCGCAAAGGACGGCACGAUACCGGCCGUGUCCCUGGCAGGCCUAACCACAACGCUGGGACUGGACGGAGGAUCGUCGGCAGAAGUGAUGGUCAGUCUCGGUGGCAACGGUUCCGGGCAAUCGCAGGACCUAAGCGAUCUGGUCGAUGGUUGCCCCAAACCGGACGAUCUACUCUACCCAAGCAUCUUUGGCAUUGAUCUAGCUGUGCCGCAGUGGGAAGCGAUCGGUACGGCAAUCAUCCUAACGCUCAUCAUCAUCAUCACGAUCGUGGGAAACAUUCUCGUCAUACUGAGCGUGUUUACGUACAAACCGCUGCGAAUCGUGCAGAACUUUUUCAUCGUAUCGUUGGCGGUGGCGGAUCUGACGGUAGCGAUCCUGGUCUUACCGCUCAAUGUGGCCUACUCGAUCCUGGGACGGUGGGAGUUUGGUAUUCACGUGUGCAAGAUGUGGCUUACGUCGGACGUUUUGUGCUGUACCGCGUCCAUCCUGAACCUUUGUGCGAUUGCGCUCGAUCGAUACUGGGCCAUAACGGAUCCGAUCAACUACGCCCAGAAGCGUACGCUCGAGCGUGUUCUCGCGCUGAUUGCGGGCGUUUGGGUGUUAUCGUUGCUGAUCAGCUCACCACCACUAAUCGGUUGGAACGACUGGCCCGAAGAGUUUUCGAGCGAGUUCCCGUGUCAAUUAACGAGCAAUCAGGGCUACGUCAUCUACUCGUCGCUCGGCUCGUUCUUCAUCCCACUCGUCAUCAUGACGAUCGUGUACAUCGAAAUCUACAUCGCUACCCGGCGACGGUUACGCGAGCGUGCUCAGGCCUCCAAAAUUAACACGCUCGCCACGCGCAGUAUCGGCAUGGUGGCCGGUAACGGUGAGAAAGAGCUCACCACAACGCUACAGCAUCAGCAGCAGCACCAGCAGCAACAGCUUCAGCAGCACCCGGAUGGCCAGCGUCACGGGCCAGAGCAUGGAGCGAUCCAGCACGACCAAGAGUCAAUCAGUAGUGAAACGAACAACCACAACGAACUCACCGACACGGGCAGUGCGGGUGCGCUGGCAGGGAAAAAGACAGACGCCAAGAAGAAGGGCCGACGGUUGGGUGCCUACUUUGGCCGAGCGCUUGUCGGUGCGGGUGGCAAAAAGCACCACCGGAAACCGGACGACAGUGGUCGAACGGCGGAUGGUGGUGGUGGUGGCCAGCAGCAUCAUCGAUUAGCGGCAGCGCUACGCGACGAAGACUCGGUCACGGACAACCCGGACAAUUCCGGUUCGGGCGAAAGUGGUGGCAAAGCGCCGGACGCAUCGAACACGGCCAAUCUGCCCGCCGGCAACUGUGAUAUUCCGCCAACCGAACGGAUGGACAGCGCGCGCAAUGGGGCUGGCCACCGGGAGGUCGGUUUCCACGAGUCCACGACCGAGCUGGUGGCGAGCGGGACGGGUGGCCACGGGACGACGCCUGCCAGCACCCGUAUCGGUGGCCGGUUGAAACAAUCGUUCCGCAAACCGGGCGGCAUUAAUCAGUUUAUCGAGGAAAAGCAGAAGAUUUCGCUGUCGAAGGAGCGACGGGCGGCCCGCACGCUCGGCAUCAUAAUGGGUGUGUUUGUCGUGUGCUGGCUGCCGUUCUUUCUCAUGUACGUCAUCCUGCCGUUCUGUCCCAGCUGCUGUCCGACGAAUAAGUUAAUUAAUUUCAUCACCUGGCUGGGCUAUAUCAACUCCGCGCUCAACCCGAUUAUUUACACCAUCUUCAAUCUAGACUAUCGACGCGCAUUUAAGCGACUGCUCGGCAUUAAGCAGUGA